AUGGAGGAUCGCCAUGCGGUGGAUUUGUUGCUUGCCAAUGGUCCUCCGUCGCCCAGAUGUGACACAGAUUCCCCAAGAGCGCUGCAGCACAAGAGCUGGUAUGAGCGGCAGCUUCGGGCCUGCGUGGCGUUUUGCGGCACGGGCGUGGUCGUCGUCGACGAGGACCCGGAGGAGAUCUUGAGUGCAUCUUCAAAGAGCAACUCUGGUGUGGAGUCUUCCGACCUGGGGCUGGAACUAUCACCAUCCAUUGCUUCUGGAACUGACCCGGACUUUCGCAGUGACAUGAGCAUGGAGGAGGUGAGCAUGGAUGCCGCCGUUGCCGAUGCGACUCCUGGGGGUGUGCAAGUCGCAGUGGACGCAGAUCUAGAUCCUAUACAAGAUGCAUGGUUGUCUGCUGAUGUGGGGAUGGAGACGGACAUCGUGGAGCGCGCUCUUCUGCGAGAUGCCGCAGAGUAUAUGGAGUGUCAGAUCACCGACAGCCACGUGCCGGACCUGAGUCAGCGCGCAUAUGCGCUGCCUGCUGCAGCUGCAACCGGCACGUCUGCGCUGGAUGGUGGAAGCAACGGCUAUGACUUCAUGGCGCUGCAGGCAAGAGAGUCGCCUGCUCCACCGCCUACGAAGUAUGGCAGGUGCCCGCGGUGCCAGGACUGA